AUGAUGAUAAUAAGUCGUCUUAGUCUGGAUGACUAUAACUGUAAAUUCUACAAGGAAGCUUGGUCUACUGUCUGCUCCCGUCUGAAUAGGGUUCUUGGGAGUAUUGUUAACAAAAAUCAUGGUGCCUUUGUGGCAGGGAGGCUUAUCUCGCACAACAUUUUGCUGUGCCACGAUUUCGUUAAGCAUUAUUCAAAAAAGAACUGCUAUCCCAGCUGUAUAAUUAAGGUUGAUUUGAGGAAGGCUUAUGACACCAUGGAAUGGGACUUCAUUCAUGAUAUGUUGAUCGCUCUGAACUUUGCUCCUCACUUCAACAAGAUUAUCAUGGUGUGCAUCAUAUCAACCCAAUACUCUGUGUUGAUCAAUGACAUCCCCUCUGAGAUCUUCAAGCCUAAAUGA